AUGUUGCCAAGGCAUAAAGGUAUCCCUUCGGCUGAUACACAUCUAGCUACAUUAUGCACCGUCGUGACCGGAGCGCGAGAAAUUGAUCGCCGCGGUCAAGAACCUGUGGACGAACCUUCCGGUUCACGUGCCUACAAUUCACAACGUUUAGCGAUGCAUGCUCUAGCAACGGAAGCGGAUGUAUCUACAGCUACCGAGACGGCAUUGCCGACCAAGGAAGUCGUGGCAAGAUACUCCGUUUGCAGACUGAGCGGCAAUAUUUUGAGAGCCGCAGAACUUGUUUCCAGGAAGUACAGAUUCGAGCUCGUGGCAAUAACCAUGCUAGGAGAAGAAAAGAACACGUGGCAGGCAGAGAUUGACGCAGCCGCAGAGCUGGCUGACUUUUACCGGUUUAGUGUCUCAUUCGCGGAAGAGAUCUAUUCGAGAUAA